CGUGCGUAAAUGCGCACUUGCAGUCGUGGAAUGGGACGGCGGGCGUUGCAUUUCUGUCCAUAUAUUCGCCACUUUACACACAGGGAGAAGUGGUCGAAUCAGCUGAUACUCUACGUGAUGACGUCACCUCAGCGACAUCAGAGGGAGCCGCCCAAAUCGCGGUCUCGAGAGCCAGUCGUGGGAGUUAGAGGAGGGAGUUAGCAGCACGUAGACGGAGAGCAUUGGACAGAGAGAUCGAAAGGCAAGGAUGGACUCUGGACAGAAAAACAGGUCUCCUGCCCUACCCCAAUCAUCCCUUACAACAAGCACAUGGGUGGUGUUGACUUGUCCGACCAGCUGCUGCAGUACUAUUCCACCCACCGCAAAUCUGCACGCUGGUACCGCACCCUCUUCUUACACCUCGUGGACAUUGCUACCACCAAUGCCUACCUUCUCCACUGUGACAUCAAAACUGCAAACCAGGAGAAGCCCAUGUCACACAAGGACUUCCAAACUGAGCUGGUGGCCCAGCUGUGUGGGGUGGAUAGGAGCGGCAGACCAGCCAAGAAAAGCGCAGACCACAUUCCCGUUCCCAUUGCUGUGGUAACAGACACCAGCCAAAAAGCCACACAAGGACGUAGGAGUUGCCAACGCUGCCACCAAGUAGACAAAAAGAGAAACCUAACCCCUUGGAAAUGCAAAGCUUGUGAUCUGGCUCUCUGUGUUAUUGUGGAUAGAAAUUGCUUUGCAGAGUGGCAUGUGUAAAUUAAAAAAAAAAAAAAAAAAAACUACAGCCCAUUGUAUAUAGUGUAAAA